UCGUGAAGUAUGAUUUCCCUUUUCUAAGUCGUUGCAUGCAAAAGCCCAAGCCGACAGAGAGACAGAGGGCAGACCACUUGCAGAGAAUCUCACCCAAGUGGCGGUCUCUGACUGGCUUGUGAAGCAUAAAAACUGCAGGAUAAGGUUGAACGACGGCGGCGCUUGAGUCCUCCACACCCUGCGGAGAAGAAGAAAAAGCAGAGGACGACCGGCAACGCCAUCGCAAUGUGCAUUGCCGUCUUCUUGUGGCGGUCUCACCCGCUCUAUCCCCUCCUCCUCCUCCACAACAGAGACGAAUAUUACAGCCGGCCAACGGAAGCUCUGGCAUGGUGGGGUAGUCCACGAGGACGAAUACUAGGAGGGAGAGAUGUGUCGGCUGGAGGGACUUGGCUUGCUUGUUCGAGGAGCGGCAGGAUGGCUUUUCUCACGAACGUUCGGGAGGUCGAAAUGAUCCCCCGAGCUAGGACCAGAGGAGACCUCCCCAUUCAGUUCUUGCAGAGCAAGAAGAGUCCGUUGGAGUUUGCGUUGGAGGCUGUGGAGGAGGCGCACCAGUACAAUGGUUAUAACCUGAUAGUGGCCGACUUUCCCUCUGAAUCCAUGGUUUACAUGACCAAUAGACCAAAAGGAGAUUCCAAUUACGUCUCCGAAGUCUCGCCGGGAAUUCAUGUCCUCUCAAAUGCAUGCCUAGACUCCCCUUGGCCUAAGGAGCAGAGAUUAAGGGAUGGAUUCGAAGAACUACUAGACGUGUAUGGAGAUGGCGAAUUUCCUGUAAAAGAGAUGGCCGACAGACUGAUGAAAAAUACAAUCAAGGACAAGGACCGGAGCUUACUACCCGGCGUGUAUCCUCCUCAACUGGAAUAUGAGCUGAGUUCUGUAUUCGUGGACACCGACUUCCCAUUGGUCCAACCCGAACCAUCAUCGAUUUUCUUGUUAGGGAUUCAAUCUGAAGGAAUGAACUUCAUAUUAUUUUCUUGCAAAAGGAUCCCGCCGGGACGAGGAGCACAUCUGCAUUGUCCGUGAAGUCGGAUCGGGAGGUGAGCUUUUAUGAGAGGCAUCUCGAGGAUGAAGAAUGGAAGGAAAAUACUGUCACUUUCUCUAUUGAAGAAGAGGAUCGGGAGGUGAUCUUUUUGUAAUGUUCCGUUCUGCAAUGCGCUCACCCAAUCACCGAGUCAUUCACUGAAUAUACGCGCAGCUAUUGAAGGCCUUAACAAUGACAAGCUUGGUGAUAUCCGUUACUACUUAGUAUGCCGGAAUUCUUUACGUAGAUGCCAUUGCCUAUAAAUGUAAGAGGAAUACGCGAAUUCCUCCAUCAAAUUCAAUCAACAGGUCGAACUGAUCAGUCAUGGCUGCUCUUAAGAAUUUUCGAUACGCUAUAUCCGAUAAUAGCUCCAAUCGACCAUUAACUCGA